UACAGCAGCUGUAUUUACACGAUGAACACGCUACGAUGAUAAGGCGAUUGUUGAACGACCGCCUCCUACUUGCUGAAAGAAGCUUCCUGCAAUUGGAAGGACUUCAAGGAAGAGGAUGGUUUAAGCAUCUAUUGUACUCGCCUCCGGAGGACUACCAAAGCAAACUAUCGUUCUUCCCUGGCAUCGCCGACGCCAUCUCACGGUCGGGCAAUCUGAGUGCCAAAGAACAGCAGGUGGCAAUGCAGCAUGAAGUGUGGAAAGUCUCCCGGGCAAUUCAAAGGGCCGCGAGUGUUCUUAGAGGUGAAUUCAGUCAACAAAAUGAACCAUCGAACUUCAGUUUCUCAGUAGCUCCAUGAGGUAUGUAUGUAAAUAAGGUUGUUGGGGUUUGCCGAGAAAUGAAUAUAUU